ACACAACUGAGAACUCAAUACGCAUUCGUUAUAACCCUGACAAUUAUUGUCUAACUCUGUCAAUGUUAUCGAGUCUCAUUAUUUGCCUGUUUUUUAAACAUAGAAAUUUUUUAUUUCAUUUUAUUUACAUAUAUUUAAAUUUAAAAUGUUUUUAUAAUAUUGAAAAGUGAAUUUUUAUGUUAUUUAAUUUUUCUUUUAAAUAAUAAAUAAAUUAAAAAUUUGGUUAUUUAAUAAUGGAAUUGUCUAACGUUGAAUUUGAUAAUCAUCAAGGUUGUGAUAGUGCCAAUGAUGAAAACAAAGAUAAUAAAAAUGAUAAUCCUGGAUUAUCUUAUGGAAUCGAUGAUACACCACCUUGGUAUCUUUGUUUUUUUAUGGCCAUUCAGCAUUAUUUAACGAUGAUCGGUGCAAUAGUAUCAAUACCAUUUAUAUUAACACCAGCAUUAUGUAUGGCUGAAGAUGAUCCAUCAAGAAGUUAUAUAAUAUCAACAAUGAUAUUUGUAACUGGCCUUGUCACAUUAUUUCAAACAACAUUUGGAUGCAGAUUACCACUUGUUCAAGGUGGAACAAUAUCAUUUCUUGUUCCAACACUUGCAAUAUUAAAUUUACCACAAUGGAAAUGUCCUUCAUCAGAAAUAAUGAAUUCAAUGACAUCAGAUAAUCGUACUGAACUUUGGCAAUUACGUAUGCGUGAAUUAUCUGGUGCAAUUGCUGUAUCAGCAUUAUUUCAAGUAUUCAUUGGUUUAUUUGGUAUCGUUGGUUAUUUGCUAAAAUUUAUAACACCAUUAACAAUUGUACCAACAGUAUCACUAGUUGGUUUAUCAUUAUUUGAAAAUGCAUCAAGUGCUGCAUCAAAACACUGGGGUAUAUCAUCAAUAACAAUAAUUAUGUUAACUGUUUAUUCACAACUACUUGUUAAUACACGUUGUCCAAUAAUUGUUUAUACUAAAAAUAAUGGUAUAAAUAUUAAAUGGUUUUAUUUAUUUAAAUUAUUUCCAGUACUACUGACAAUUAUUAUCAUGUGGGCAAUUUGUGGUUUAUUAACAUUUACAAAUUAUUUACAAAUUGGUCAUCCAGCACGAACAGAUGCUAAAAUAAAUAUAUUAAGUGAUUCACCAUGGUUUCGUAUACCAUAUCCAUUUCAAUGGGGUUUACCAACAAUAAGUUUAGCUGGGGUACUUGGAAUGUUGGCUGGUGUUCUUGCAUGUACUGUUGAAUCAAUUAGUUACUAUCCAACAACAUCGAAAAUGUGUGGAGCUCCACCACCACCAGUGCAUGCUAUCAAUCGUGGUAUUGCAAUUGAAGGUAUUGGAACAGUGUUAGCUGGAAUUUGGGGAAGUGGUAAUGGUACAAAUACAUUUGGUGAAAAUGUUGGUACAAUUGGUGUUACCAAAGUUGGAAGUAGACGUGUUAUACAAUGGGCAUGUUUUUUAAUGAUUUUACAAGGUAUUAUUUGUAAAUUUGGAGCAAUAUUUAUCAUUAUACCUGAACCCAUUGUUGGUGGUAUUUUUUGUGUUAUGUUUGGAAUGAUAACCGCAUUUGGCUUAUCAGCGCUUCAAUAUGUCAAUUUAAAUUCACCAAGAAAUCUUUAUAUUCUGGGAUUUUCCAUCUUCUUUCCACUUGUAUUAUCCAAGUGGAUGAUUGUAAAUCCAGAGGUCGUAAAAACAGGCAACAAUACUGUUGAUGGUAUUUUAACAGUUUUACUAAGUACAACUAUUCUCGUUGGCGGUUUUAUUGGUUGUCUAUUAGAUAACAUAAUACCAGGAACAAAUGAGGAAAGAGGACUAGAUUCAUGGUCAAAUCAAAUGUCACUUAAUAUUGAUGUUUCAGAAUCAAAUGAUAAUACUCAACCAGAAUAUAAUACAUUUGAUUUUCCAAUUGGAAUGAAAUUACUAAGACGAUGGAAAUGGACAUCUUAUCUUCCUUUUUCACCAACAUACAAAAAAAAUCAAUAAUCUUGUUGGUUAAAAAAAAUUAAAACAAAACUCAAUUAUUAUCUAAAUAUUUUGAUAAUAAUUUUAAAUACAAUUUUUACAUUAAAAAUACAUAAAAUUUUACUUUUAAAUAUUGAAAAAUUAAAUAAAACCAUGAUUAGCAAUUUUAGCUGGAAUAAAACCUUGAUGCCCAUCAUUUUUUUGUAUUAAAAACCAAUUUUUAAUAUGAUCACUAAUUAAUACAACAACAUCACCUUUAUUAACUGAUAUUGUAUCAUCAUCAUUAUCAUUUUUUAAAUAAUCACAUUGUAUACACAAUAAUAUUCGACGUGUAUAAAUAAUUUUUUUUUUAUUAUCAAUAUGUUUAUAAUAAUGAUCAAAAAAUAAUUCAUCA